ACAGACACCGGCCCUGCCAGGCUUUCCCCUUCCCCGAGGGCCACGGAGGUGCCCAGGCGAGAGGCAGGGGCUGCUGGUGAGGAGGGAGAGGACCCGGCAAGUGGGCUGUGUCACACGGAGGAGCCCUUCCUCUGCCCGCGAGCCCUUGGCUCCCUCUUCCCCUGUGAGGGUUUGGAGCUGGAGUCCCCUGCGCUUGAUGCAGGCCAGGACACAGACCUGCUGGCACCGUCGCCUGCAGGGGAGUUACUCGAUGAACCCCUCCAAGACACCUCCGCUGUGCUGGAGGGACCGGCCGCUUCGGAGAAUGGCGUGGGGGACCUGGAGGAGGGCGUGGCCACCAGCUCGGAUGCUGGCCUGUUUCCCACCUCUGCUUCUGCGCCGUGCUCCUGCCCUGACAUCCAGAUCGACCCGGCAGUUGAGAAGGAAGAGGAAAGCCCAACUGUCCCCAAGAAGUCCUCCUCGCAGAGGCCCUCCAGCUUGGGAAAAGAUCUAGGGACAGCAGAGGGCCCGCCACAAAGCCCCCCAGACCCUGGGCAGACUCUGCCCCUGCUCUCAUCCUCCCCAACAGCUUCCAUCAGCGCCUUCAGCUUUGAGCCUCUCAGCAGCCCUGACGGGCCGGUCGUCAUCCAGAACCUGCGGAUAACUGGGACUAUCACUGCCCGAGAGCACAGCGGGACUGGCUUCCACCCCUACACCCUGUACACCAUCAAGUAUGAGACAGCCUUGGAGAGCGAGAGCACAGGCAGCCUUCAGCAAAUGGCUUACCACACCGUGAACCGCCGUUACCGGGAGUUCCUCAACCUCCAGACCAGGCUGGAGGAGAAACCAGAGCUCCGCAAGUUCCUGAAAAAUAUCAAAGGCCCAAAGAAACUGUUCCCUGAUCUCCCAUUUGGAAAUAUGGACAGCGAUAAAGUGGAAGCCAGAAAAAGUCUGUUAGAACCUUUCUUGAAGCAAUUGUGUGCGGUCCCUGAGAUUGCAAACAGUGAGGAGGUUCAGGAGUUCCUCGCCCUGAACACCGACGCCAGGAUCGCGUUCGUCAAGAAGCCCUUCGUUGUCUCCAGGAUAGACAAGAUUGUUGUCAAUGCUAUUGUGGACACCUUGAAGACGGCAUUCCCCAGGUCAGAGCCCCAGAGCCCCACGGAGGAUCUUAGCGAGUCUGAAGUGGAUGGGAAAUCUCAGACAGACGGGAAGAAGGCGAACAAGUCCAGGCUGCGGUUCUCAUCCAGUAAAAUUACUCCAGUGCUGAGUGCGAGUGAAGCACAUGACAGGAUCAUGUACUCUGUCAGGGAGGGCAGCGCUGUCUCUGGCACCCUGUCGCUGGCUGCUAUGGAGUCCUUCAUCCAGAAGCAGGAGAAGCUGCUGGAAGCGGUCCGCAGCAAAGCUCCCGAAGACGAGGGAGGCAGAGAAGCUAAGGAAAGCUCCAUGCAGGAAGAUAUGGACAGGCUGGGCACAUCGGAGCGGGAGGCACACUCUGAGACAGCUUUGGCUGACCUGGCUCUGGACGUGCUUCGUCUACUGCUGAUGGAUCACUGGAGCUGGCUGUGCACGGAGAACAUCCAGAAGGUCUUCCACCUGUUCUUUGGGACCCUCGUUCAAAGGUGGCUGGAAGUCCAGGUGGUUAACCUGACCUGCACGCAGCGUUGGGUCCAGUACCUCCAGUUGCUGCAAGAAUCCAUCUGGCCUGGAGGAGUUUUACCAGCAGUGCCUAAACCAGCCAGGACAGAGGAACAGAAGAAAGCAGCAGCAGAGCAGGCCCUGCAGAGCUUGAUGGGGAUCUUGCCUAAUGCGAUCCAAGAAAUUCUUGGAACCAGUAAAUGUCGGAUGAGCUGGAACCUGGUGCUGGAGUCCCUGGGCCAGCCCAUGAUAAACAGGCACCUGGUUUUCUGCCUCUUGGACAUUCUGCUGGAGUUCUUGGUUCUGAAGAGCUCCAGCGAUGAGCUUGAGACCGCAGCUGUUGCGCCGUCUGCCUCUAGAGGCCUGGACAGAGCAGGCAUUUCAGCACACUAAGCAGGGCUGGUGUAGCCGGCAGUGGAGGAGAGAAGCAGCCACAGGCAUGGGAUGAUUUGGUUUUUCAGUGUUUACUGAACAUGUCUGGGAGCUUCUUGUAAAGAAUUUUUCCAGCCAGCGCUAAACGAGGCUGCUUCCAGGCUUCUCUGUUUUGGCUGGG